AUAACCUUUUGAUAUUUUUAUAUUCGUCUAUAUAUACACACUUGAUCUUUUACCACUGUCCCGCAAAGAUUCUGAAGAAUGUGGAGGAUCACAGCCUCAUAGGUGCUAUUUGUCGACGCCUUCACAUCUUUAUAAAUUUUGCAGUUUCUUGUUUUCAGCCAAGAAGAUUCCCUCAAUAAUGUGAGAGGAUUUCUUCUUGGGAGUUAAGUCAAGUCUGUGACUCUCCAUACAUUUAUAUUCCAGGAUCAGUUUUGCGGGCAAAGGGACAUGCUAAUUUGGUUCUCAUGAUAACAUUGGAUAUUGAUCGUGGUGAAAGAACUGCAUUUGUUUCCCAUGGGUGUGAACUUUCUGUCGAUUUCGGUGGUCUGUACCUUUGUGAGCUUCAUUGGCCUCCAGUGUUGGAUGGGAAAGUCACUAGAGAAAUAUCGAAUUGAUGGGUUGAUUUUUGAGGAUUUUAUUAAUUCAGGGAAUGCAAUACUGGUCUUGGAUCUGCUUUUGGGUUCAUACAUCACACUUGCACUGGUGGCCAGCUUUGCACUUAAUGUAGUUAUCACGGUAAUUUUAUGUCUGAAGAAUAUCUUCUUUUCAGAGUUGAACCCUUCUGAAAUUCGGAAGCUAGUCGAACACUUCCUUAAUUAUGUUAUCUACAAGGGAACCUUUCUUCCACUAGUAGUCUUGCCAACCAUAUCUCAAGCAGGUCUAUGGUCAACUUGGUUGGCUGUGCUCUGUUUUUUAAAGAUGUUCCAAGCUUUAGCCAGGGAGCGACUUGCACGUUUAAACACUUCUCCUUCUGCAACUCCAUGGAUAUACUUUCGAGUAUAUUCUGCAUUGUUGCUUGUUUUCUUUGUCGAUUUGCUCUGGAUAAGUGUAUGCAUGACGACAUAUGGAACAAUAAGUUCAUCAAUGUUUUUCUUGUUGUUUAUUGAGCCUUCAAGCAUUGCUUUUGAGACCCUACAGGCCAUUAUGGUUCAUGGAUUUCAGUUGCUUGAGAUAUUUCUUCAUCAUUCUUCGGGAGACAGUGCAAAAUGCCGAUUUUCAAAACUCGUCGAUAUAUCCCCUACAGGUUCAUUGUGGGAAUGGAAAGGCAUUCUUAUUCGAAAUCUGGGGUUUUUCCUUGAUGUGAUGACUUUGUUGAUGGCUGUAGCCCAUUAUUUGUACAUUUGGUGGCUUCACGGCAUGGCAUUUCGUCUUGUGGAUGCAGUCCUUUUCCUGAAUAUCCGUGCUCUCUUUACUGCAAUUGUGAAACGGGUGAAAGGUUUCAUAAAACUGAGGAUAGCUUUGGGAACCCUUCAUGGGGCACUUCCUGAUGCAACAAGCGAAGAGCUUCGUGCAUAUGAUGAUGAAUGUGCCAUUUGCAGGGAACCAAUGGCUAAGGCUAAGAAGCUGUCCUGCAAUCAUCUUUUCCAUCUUGCAUGUUUGAAAUCCUGGUUGGACCAAAGUUUAAAUGAGAACCACUCGUGCCCCACUUGUCGUAAGCCAUUUUUUGUGUCCAGCCCAGAGAACAGGGUAACCCCUCAUGCACCAGAAUUUUCAACGGAUGAGCUGCUUGCUCGUCAAAUGAGUGCUGGACUUGAUAGACCAAAUCUUCUUGGUCGUGGCUUGCACUCUGGAGUCUCUCCAAAUCCAGCGCAGAAUGCAGAAAAUGGUGAUUGGAGGAGAACAGGAGAUUCCAGUUGGAUGGAUUCAGAUAGAGCCGGCCCAACUGGAUUGAGUCGAGUUCAAAUGGUGAUGAGGCAAUUUGCAGCCACCCAGACUUCCCUUGAAGACGUUUCAUGGAGUCUGUUCCCUACGAAUCCCUCUCAGGUGGGUACAUCCAGGUCUGCUACCUCUCCUGGUUCUGUCAUCUACCCAAGAAGUUCUGGUGGUUUGCAUGUUAGGCCAACAUCAGAAUCUUCAAACGACAACUUAGCAAAUAUACUUGCCAUGGCUGAAACAGUUCGGGAAGUACUACCCUACAUCCCUGAUGACAUAAUCUUUCAGGAUUUGCAGCGAACAAAUUCUAUGAUAGUCACUCUGAAUAAUCUUUUGCAAAUGCGAUAUUAGGUGCACAUUUUUUCUUUUACAUUUUCCCUUUCAAGGCAAGGCCGUAACAGUUGUACGCAUAUGAAAGCUUAUUCUCCAACAGUCCAAAAUUUCAUAAGCUUCAUUUCUGUAUGUAGAAGCUGGUUAUAUAUCAUAUGUUGCCAUUUCAAAAAAUA